UCUCCCCGCCCGCUCCCUCCUCCUCCUCCUUCUCCUUCCCCCGGUGUAAGUGUCUGUCCGUUCGCCGCCCGGAGGUGCCGGGCACAGGGUGGAGGCUCUCCCGGUCGCACUGUGAACCUGGCUGGUUUGGGAUUCUUGCAGCAAGUUGACCUCGCCGUCCCCUUCCACGGGUAAUUAUUUGCGGCUGUGCUAUCCUACCGGCGUUGUGUAGUGUACGUCAGGAGCCUUCAGCACUCCAUCUGCCAUCGUCAUCCUCCUCCUUUCCUAGAGUCUCUAACAGGUCGACUGAAUGGUAUAUCAAAGGGUCAAUUCACACGUGGCAGAUUUCUCGUAGACGCUUCCGUACAGACACAAGAAGACAGGAUACAUCUGCCAGACGCUACGUGGUCUUCUGAUCUCUCUCUGUGCGGGUGUGAAGAGGUAUCGGACUAUGCUCCAACCAAUGCUGUGAUCUGUACUUGCAGAUAAUUUGGAGGACCAGGCCGCUGACCAUGGCUUUCAUGACGAGUGACUGGUGAUCUUUGGACGACAAGGCGGACUUUGGGAAAACAAUGUUUCUUUCAUGAGACGACGCUCUGUGGGCAGAAGCUGAAGAUGCGGCCAUGGACGGGAUCCUGGCGGUGGAUAAUGCUCAUUCUCUUUGCCUGGGGGACAUUACUCUUUUACAUUGGAGGACAUCUAGUGAGGGAUAAUGAAAAUCCAGACCAUUCCAGUAGAGAACUGUCUAAGAUAUUGGCCAAACUGGAACGAUUAAAGCAGCAGAAUGAAGACUUGAGAAGAAUGGCAGAAUCCCUCAGGAUACCUGAAGGUCCAGUGGAGCAAGGAGCCGCAGCAGGAAGGAUACGGGCAUUAGAGGAGCAGCUGCUGAAGGCCAAAGAACAGAUUGAGAUGUACAAGCAACAGUCUAGCAAUGCAGUGGCUGGCAUGGGAAAAGAUCAUGAACUCUUAAGACGGGCAAUAGAAAACGGAGCCAAGGAAUUCUGGUAUUUUGUCCAAAGUGAGCUGAAGAAACUGAAACAUUUGGACCGAAACGAACUCCAAAGACACGUUGAUGAAUUACUGAUCGACAUGGGUGAUCAGCAACGGUCAGUAAUGACAGAUCUCUACUACCUCAGUCAGACGGACGGUGCCGGUGAUUGGCGAGAAAGAGAGGCCAAAGAUUUGACAGAACUCGUACAGCGACGGAUCGCCUACGUUCAGAACCCAAAGGAUUGCAGCAAAGCCAAGAAAUUAGUGUGUAACAUCAACAAAGGGUGCGGCUACGGAUGCCAACUUCACCACGUGGUCUACUGCUUCAUGAUAGCCUUCGGCACGCAGAGGACUCUCAUCCUGGAGUCACAGAGUUGGAGAUAUGCUACCGGUGGAUGGGAGACGGUCUUUAAGCCGGUCAGUGACACAUGUACGGAUAGGUCUGGCACCUCCACCGGACACUGGUCAGGUGAGGCGAAUGACAAAGAUGUUCAAGUUGUGGAGUUGCCAAUCGUUGACAGCCUUCACCCGAGACCCCCUUAUCUACCACUUGGUGUGCCCGAGGAUCUUGCAGAUCGCUUAAUACGUUUACAUGGGGAUCCAGCCGUUUGGUGGGUCUCUCAGUUCGUCAAGUAUUUGAUUAGGCCACAAGCAUGGCUGGAAAAAGAAAUAGAGGAAUCCACCAAAAAACUAGGAUUUAAACAUCCUGUAAUUGGAGUCCAUGUUAGAAGAACCGAUAAAGUAGGGACGGAGGCGGCGUUCCACCCAAUUGAAGAAUACAUGGUGCAUGUUGAAGAACAUUUUCAGCUGCUUGCCCGCAGGAUGCAGAUUGACAAGAAACGCGUUUACUUAGCAACAGAUGACCCAGGAUUACUUAAAGAGGCAAAGUCCAAAUACCCCCAGUACGAGUUCAUCAGCGACAACUCCAUAUCCUGGUCAGCCGGUCUCCAUAAUCGAUACACAGAAAAUUCCUUGCGAGGCGUGAUCCUAGACAUCCAUUUCUUAUCACAAUCGGAUUUUCUUGUAUGCACCUUCUCCUCGCAGGUUUGCCGAGUAGCUUAUGAGAUCAUGCAGACACUCCACCCCGAUGCUUCCGCUAAUUUCAACUCCCUGGAUGAUAUUUAUUAUUUCGGAGGACAGAAUGCUCACAACCAAAUUGCCAUAUAUCCCCACCGUCCGAGAAAUGCCGAUGAAAUCCCCAUGGAACCUGGGGACGUUAUUGGCGUGGCCGGCAAUCACUGGGAUGGCUACUCAAAGGGCGUUAAUCGUAAACUAGGCCGGACCGGUCUCUACCCUUCAUACAAAGUUAAGGAAAAAAUUGAAACUAUCAAAUACCCAACAUAUCUGGAUGCUGAUAAAUGAGAGACUACCACGAGCGUCUGAUGCCGGAAGCUCCUAUGUGCCCACUGAACCACCAGACAGACUGGACUGCUCUUCUCACUUAUGUGAAGACGAAACACGACUAAAGGGACUGUAACGGGAGACGGUCUGUGCAGAACAUUUCCAGUACAAAGCUGUCUCAUACAAUCUGUCUGCCCGGUCAACAGAGCACGGUGCUCUCCUUCUGCCAUUAACUGACGGUAUCUCAGACGUUAACACUGCCAUAUUGUGCAAUUAGGGCGACCUGAAGAUGUUUUAUACUUGCGAGGUUUUAAACAAUGAUGCCCGUUACUAAUGGUUCACAUGGCCAGAAGAAUCCAGCACAGCCUGAAGCACUGUGUGGAUGCUCAUUGUGACUAUGACACUCCGGGCCAAGGGUCCAAAGGAAGUUGGAUGGUUUCACUUAACAACAUCUGAGGAGAAAGAGUCGCAUUGUUGUUCCGUACAUGGACGGCCAUCACGCAGACAAACCAUUCACUGUUUGUUGCUGUAGGAAGGUUUUUUUGUAUAAAUUCUCCAUGAGAUGAUUCUUACACACGUGUUUCUUGGCAUUGUCUUUGAUAACAAACAAUUAAAUAAGAUAAAAAUGA